AAUCAACAACUCCAUCAUCACAAUAUGAACGUAUUUCAACUGUUCAAACACCAACAUCAAAUUAUGCCGAUACACGAAAACAAGAACCCGAAGAAUUUUUCAGCGAAGAAUACGAAGUUGAAGUACAAACAACGAAGCAUCCAGAAACAUCCGAAGAAGAUACAAUGGAUACGAAUACUACAGCCAAUCAAACAGAGUCGAGGCGACGAGGUUCCGAGUGGAGAACUAGACUUCGACAAAACUAUGCUCCUCCCUCCGAUGAUGAUCGAUUGGGUCAGGGAA